CUACAUGGCUAGUCUUACAUUUUGUUUCUCUAAGAAUUUGUAUAGGCACGACUGACAGGUUUAAAAGAACUGUAGUUAGAUAUACGAGCUUCUGUGGUCAUCUACGAGUACAAAGCUAAGGUACAGCCGCAUCCUCUAAAGCUAAAUAAGUUGGCUUAGUCAACUUUGGCGCCCUGGCUACUUGCCACAGCACUCAAUGGUAGAGACUGCCUCCAUGCUUCUCGGGCAAUAUUAAUAACAACGCUUACUUGAACUGACCAGACGUGACCAUCUGGAGAAACACAGGGCUUAACCAUGCUGAUAUGACCAAAGAAAAAUAACAAGAAGCAAUUCAUCUGUGGUUUAUGUUACAGAGUCAAGUGGUUCUGGAGAUGCAGCAAGAUUAUUAACAUUGAAACACCCCUUUAAGCCCUCAGGGAUUUCAGGGUGCUGUGCCAUGAAUUAAAUUAAAUGCAACAUUUGAGCCUCUUCUCGUAUGCUAGCCCUGUAUGCUACUGCAACAGAGUGAAACUGGACAAUUAAUGUGUCAUCAUAAAACCUUUGCAACAUAGUUAUCAAACAUAAAGGUGCAUUACAGUUGUAAAUGCCAACUAUUUAGUCUGCAAAUAAAACUGUGAAUGUGUCAUUCACAGUAGCGUCAUUACUGAUACAUGUAAUUGAACAUGAAUAAUUGAAUUCUGCAGCUGCAGGAGCUUCACUGACCAGAAGCUAGAAUUGUGUUCUUGUGUAGAAAUAGCAGAAAGUGGCCUAGGUCAAAUACACACAGAGAAAGAGAAUGGCCCCUGAGAUCCAGGGAGUGGUACGUGCCACCCAAGCCUGGCUGCAGUCCUCCUGGCAUGUCCAAGUGCCCUUUGCAUGGCUGGAAGCCUGCGUGGCGUGGCUACAGGAAGAGGCAGGGGGGGCAGGUCGUCUGUCACAGCAGCAAAUCAACCAACAGGCGCUGGACCAAUGGCUGUUGACAGAUCUGAGGGACCUGGACUACCCUGUUCUCCCUGAAGGGCUUGCUGUGGCUCAGAAGACCGAACUCAGCGGCACCUUCUGUGUCCAGGUUGACUCAUUACUGGACAUCAGUCAGCCUGCGUAUGGUCAGCUGCAGAAGUGGAAGGGCACAGAGUGUGCCAACGAUGAAGUGUCUGCUGUCACACAGACCACCCAGAGGCCCUGGGAAGCCAGACCAACCCGUAUGCUGCUACUGCAGGUGACAGAUGGAGUCCAGAGCUUGGAGGCCAUGGAGUAUCAGCCUAUCCCUGCACUCAGCGCAUCACUCAGGCCUGGUGCAAAGCUGCAGUUGCAAGGACAGAUGGUUUGCAGACUUGGAAUGCUGCUGUUAGGGCCGUCUAACAUCAAGGUUCUGGGUGGUGAGGUGGAGGACUUGGUGGACAGGAAUAACCAGGGCCGGGUGCUGUGUCGGACGCUGGGACUUCCUGAGGAGCAGCAGCAGGAGGGGGAGGGGGCCCACUCUGCACCACAACAAGGAAACCAGGAAGUGGAAGACCUGGAGCUCGAUGACGCAGAAUUGUUGGCCAGCCUGGAGCCCCAGGAGGAGGUGGGAAGGGUUCAGGUUGGGUCUGUUCGAGACAGCGGCUACGGGACACUCAGUGAGACCUCCUGUCAGCUCUCCAGAAGCUCCUCUGUCAGGAGCCCUGUCUCGGCAGCCUCAUCUAGGAGUGGUUUGACCCACAACAGCAGACGUGGUCCAGUCCAAGAGCAAGAGGAUUCUGAUCUCUUUGACACCAUACCUUCCGAACAUGAGAUUCAACAUGAGAUCCAAGAUCACAGCAUGGCAGAGGAAGACUUUCCUGAUGAAGACUUUGAUGAUCUUCCCCUGGACGAGUUGGACAGCAUGAUUUUUCAGCAAACUGCAAAUGUUACUGCGCAGUUUGACAGCAGUCACAGAAGCACACCACAAAAUAGCUGCAGAAUAACAGGAAAUCCUAACAGUUUGGGCAGAGCAACAAAACCCCAGACUGCUCAGUUUGAGCAGCACACUUUAAAUGGCUCGGGGUCAUUGUUGGGUUCUGGAAACUCCAGAUCCGUCACACAGAAAAGAGACUAUCAAGGCUGUACUAAAGGAGCUGCAGCGACCUCCACAGCUUUAGAGCCAUCGCACAAAUUAGAAUUUAUAACCAAUGACGAGAGCGAUUUUAUGGAUGAGGACAUGGACUGCUUUCUUGAAGAGGAAGAAACCUAUGGAGCAAAACCUGGCAGGACUGGAAGGCCAGAUCUGCUCUCUGUUCAACAAGGGCCUCAAAGAGACGGAGAGAAUGCUACCAACAAAACAGAAAGUUCAGCCUCCAGUUAUACACAUACCAGCAAAUCAUCAAGAAGCGGAACUGAUCUCAGACUUCAGGGGCAAAGUUACACCUCAAACGCUACAGACUCCAACAGACUAUCUACUAAAAAAGAUCCACAGAGUGACAGCACAGUCCCUGUUCUCACUCUAACCUCUCCACCUUUUACAUACUUGUGUCUGCUUGAAGAGCUAAUGUCCAAACCAAACCCCCACACCACCGAAGUCCGUGUCAAAGCUUUCAUCGUGACUCUCUUGGGGAAACUGAGCAGCAACAAUGGCGUUUGGAGUGUCUGCGCAACGAUAUCUGAUGGAACAGGUUACCUGGACGUGGAGUUGUCCAACAAGGUUUUGAUGGGUCUGCUGGGCUUCUCUGUGGCAGAGAAGGCGGCCCUGAAGCGCGACCCCGCCCGGAGAGGUGAGCUUGAUGCCGGGAUGAGGAGGUGUCAGGAAGAGCUGGUGGACAUGUGCUGUGUUAUGACCAUGGCAGUAAAACCAGACGGAAAAGCUGUGGUUACCAAGGCAGACCAGGUCACUGAGAAAGUACUCCAGGAGCUGGAGCAGAGGGUGAGAGACAGGAGAAAAUAAACACAGAGUGGGUGAAAAUUACAGGUAGCAGAGAAGUAUGUUGCUGUUGAGUAGAGAUAAAAAUUGCCAACAAAACCAAAGCAAAUAUAACACUGCAUCAGCAUUGCCUUAAAAGUUUUCUUUCGUGAAACAAAGCUAAGGUAUUUUUUAGGACUGGUGAUCAACCUACCCUACUGUUUCAGACAUGGAGAGCAGAAUGUGUCAACUGAAUGUCUGAUGAUCAGCAAGCAGCGUGUUGCAAUGCAUCCCAUCUGCUAUAUGUGAAUGUGACAUUCUGUUAUUUGUCAUUAGAGGAUUUCAUUCAUCUAUUCAGAGAGCUAUUGCCAGCUUGAAUGCAGUGCAUCAUUGCCAAGCAAAGUAAACACACUCAAGAUGGAACAUUUGAUCUAUAGUAUAUAUUAAUAAUUGGUUAUCAUAGCAUAUUAGUUCAAGCAAUCCAGAUUUGAGCAUCCCAAAAUUGUAUGUAACACUCAUUUGAGAUGAGAGAGGGGUAUGGGGAGGGAAAAAAGAAUUCAUAUUCUGAUUGUUGUAAUGAAUUUCUAGCCUUUGCAUUCAUUCAGUACAUCCAUUACUUCUGACUGAAAAAUGAUUGAAUAUCCAAGGGCAGCGUGGGUCUUUAAUAAACUCCCCCUGAGGCGAAUGAGAGGAAAGGAAGAUAAAGGAGAGGCCAUGAGCUUCGAUUAUUUCUCUUCAUUAUAGAGCCUCAUCUAUGUUUUUGUCUUUGAUGAGCACAUAUAUGUGAUGCUUUACCUGUAUUUGCUGUAUAUUGAAAUAAAAUUGUUCUGAAGAUU